UAUGAUAAGAUUACAUGCUUUUAAUCAGGUGCGGGUGAAAGAUAAGCGUCACUCUUUUUUGAAGUUUCAUUUAUAUCAAGUCUAAAGAUGCCAGUUUAUAGGUGGUUAAACCGAAACGCAGGGCAAGGAUUGCCGGAAACUGCGGUCCUCGGAGGUCGUGAUGUAGAUGGUAGUUUAAUUUAUGUUGGCAGAGCCUUUCACGAAGGUGAUAUGCUUCCAGCAAAAAUAAUCCCUGAUAAAAAUGUCGCCUACGUAUGUCAUAAUGGUGAAGAACAUUCUAAAUACAAUUUCGAUGUUUUGUGUCAAGGAGAAUUCGCAUGGGAGUUCUGCAGCAAUGGAGAUAUCCCAAGUGAUGCGAUAGUCGUAGGACAGACCUCUAGUGGAGAACCUCUGUAUGUUGGCCGUGUUCUCCAUAAUGGAUCCCAAACAGUUGGCAAGGUUCAAGCCAGUCACGGAUGCUUGUACAUACCUUUCGACGGCGAAGAAUUGUCUUUCAGAGAUUACGAAGUUCUUGUAAUUCUUCAUUAAAUAAAAUUAGAAUUACAAUUAUCGAGAAUCGCAUGAUUGAUAUUUUUUAUUAAAAACUGUACACGCGAACCAUUCGUCAAAGCACAAGACACAACAAGAGAAAGGAACAUAAAACGUUGUUUAUCAUUUCUUAUUGUUUGACUUGCAAUAAAAGAGUUGCAUUUUGAUA